CCUCCUCAAACACCGCUUCAAAAAAAAGUACCGACACGACGUGUUGGAUGUGUCGUUGACGAAGCAGAGGGUGGCCGGCGAGGCUCGGGCGUUGUUGAAGUGUUUGCGGUUAGUGCUCAAUCGCGAUCCGGCGUCAACGUCCCGCAAAUCCUCAUGGUGGACGCAGCGGAGGGUAUCCUCGGUAUCGAAUGGAUAGAUGGCCACAGUGUGCGGCAAUUACUACCCGGUGGCGAGGAGGAAGAAGAGGAAGGCGAAGAACAAAGAGAAGGACAGCAAGACGCACCAGACUCGAUAGAUGAAGCUGAGGAAAGGUUGAAGAAGGAGUAUGGUGUUGAUAUCGACACCCUCCUAACCCUCAUCGGCACCGAACUUUCCAAACUCCACAAAGCGGAUAUCAUACAUGGAGACUUGACCACGUCGAAUAUGAUGGUGCGGCGGAAGGCUGGUGGAGGAGGAGGAGGAGGAGGAGGAGGAGGAGCUGAAGUGCUCCUAAUAGACUUUGGCCUCUCCUACACCUCUACUCUAACCGAAGACAAAGCGGUCGACUUGUACGUCCUCGAGCGCGCGUUUGCGUCUACGCACCCUGAUUCGGAGCGGUUGUUUGGUGCUGUGUUGGGGGCUUAUGAGCGGGGGUUGGGAUCCGGAUUUAUUUUGGUGACGCGUUGUGAUCGUUUGUCCGUUUCUCUUGGAGCGAACUGGGGCCCGAAGGAAUGGCACACUGUUAAGAAGAGGUUGGAUGAAGUGAGGUUGAGAGGGCGGAAGAGGAGUAUGGUUGGGUAG